UUUUUUUUUUGGGGGGGGGGGUUUCCAUCGUUUUCCCUCUUUGUUUCUAUAUAUUGUAUAGAUACACUGAACCUCAGUGAGAGACCACCACCCGUGAAGAAUUAACCGAACCCCUGUCAGACUGUCUCUGCUCUGGGUACUAAUUCCGGCUGGUUUUCUGGUUCCGUUGAUCGACGAAGAACGCGAAGAUUAGUAACUCGAGUGAUGGGUAACGCUGCGCACUUUGUGUUCGGUGUUGUAGGCAAUGCUAAUGCGCUGUUGCUGUUUCUGGCACCGAUGAUUACGUUUAAGAGGAUAAUAAGGAACAAAUCCACGGAGGAGUUCUCGGGCAUUCCCUACGUCAUGACCUUACUCAACUGCUUGCUUUCUGCGUGGUACGGAAUGCCAUUUGUUUCCCCAAACAACAUACUGGUAUCGACAACAAAUGGGACAGGAUCGGGCAUUGAGGCCAUCUAUGUGAUGAUAUUCCUGAUAUUCGCGCCGAAGAAGGAGAAGGCGAAGAUAUUUGGGAUUCUGGUGUUCGUGCUGAGCGUGUUCGCCGGAGUGGCCCUCGUCUCCCUCUUGGUCCUUCACGGCAAAGGCAGAAAGCUCUUCUGCGGCCUGGCCGCCUCCAUCUUCUCCAUCAUCAUGUACGCUUCCCCUCUCUCCAUCAUGAGAAUGGUGAUAAAAACAAAAAGCGUGGAGUUCAUGCCAUUUUUCUUGUCGCUGUUUGUUUUCUUAUGUGGCACUUCCUGGUUCAUCUUCGGACUCCUCGGAAAGGAUCCUUUCGUCGCUGUUCCCAAUGGUUUUGGAAGUGGGUUAGGAGCAGUCCAGCUGAUCUUAUACGCCAUUUAUCGUGACAAGAAGGGUGGAGGAGGCGCCAAGAGAGCUGCCGGCGAUGGAUCGGCGGAGAUGGGAAUGCAGGGCAAGCCCCCCCUUGACGAAGAGAAGCAACCCGACAAACAACAGGCGCGAAAUGGACGUCAUUUCUAGGAUUGGAUUGGGGUUUUCCAACUGCCUUGGGUGGGUUGGGACACUUGGUACCCAAAAGUGUCCGCCAGCUGAUGAUCAGUCCCUGAAUUGAAUUCUAUCUGAAUUUAGCUUUCCCUUGUAUGCU